AUGGGAAGAAUAAAACGCAAGUGGGAGGAUGACGACUCCGCAGCAAUAGAAGAAGCCAAACAACCAGCAAAAAAGCCGGCCAAGAGAUAUUCUAAGGCCUGGUACAAAGAAACGUUUGAAAACAUGCUCCCAACAACUCUUGCUUGUGACCCUGAAGACGUGGACAUUUACGACGACAUUAUCCCCAAGUUCACCAAGGAUGCCAUGUCCAAGCUGGACGCAGAAAAACUGAUCCUGAAGAGCCUACAGCUGAACUCCCGGCCAACUUUCAACCUGGACAGCUAUACCGAGGCAAGCGAGUCUCUCAAAGCGGUGGGCUUCAAUCCCGACUCUCAGACAAUGGCUGUGACCCCCCUAGCGAUCUACGACGCAGACAAUAAGGAAAACACCUGGCUGAAGCCGCCAAACGGAACAAAGCUUUCAGAUGAAGACGUUUACCUGGCAUACAAGCAUAUGGCAGCCACCGACAGAGGAAAGAAUUACCCCGUCAAUUUCGACAAAAACGGACAUAUCAGGGCCGCCCGUACCCCGGAAGAUCCCCAUAUCUCGUAG